AUGGACAAGAGUUGGAUGUUACUUAAGAAUAGAAUGAGUUCCCAGUAUCGAGAUGGGGUAAAGGCUUUUGUUCAGUUCGCAAUGUCAAAUGUAGGGCCAAAUGGUAAGAUUCGUUGCCCUUGUAUGGACUGUUUGAAUUGUGAACAACACACUAGCAAAAUUGUGGAGUAUCGUUUGGUCGUGAAAGGAAUGUCCCCUUCUUAUAAGACUUGGGUGCAUCACGGGGAAUGUAUUCCCAUGAAUGAAUCUCAUGCAUUGAAUGAUGAUGACCACAAUGACUUUGGAAGUGUUGGGGAUAGAAUGGAAGAAGAUACAAACGGAUAUCAAGAUGAAUUUCUAAAUUUGUUAGAAGAUGUUUACAUGGGGACUAUCAUGAAUGAUAAUGAAAAUGCGGGGGAUGAAGAGGACGAUGACGAUGAUGUGGCUAAUAAUGUUGAAGAAGAGGGUGUGCGCAACUUCGAUAUAUUGUUGAAUGAUGCUCAAAGAGAGUUGUACCCUGGGUGUCGUAAGUUUUCUGUUUUAUCAUUUGUUGUUAAGAUGCUUCACGUGAAGGUGUUGAAUAAGUGGAGCAAUAAGUCAUUCAACAUGUUGUUGGGGAUAUUAAAGGACCUUUUACCAAAGAAGAAUGCAAAUUUGGAAAAUUGUCCGAUUUGCCAAGAGUCCAGAUACAAGUUGAAUGAUGGAAAAGGUAAGAAAAUUCCUCAUAAGAUCUUAAGAUACUUCCCGUUGACACCGAGGUUGCAGAGAUUAUAUAUGUCAAGAAAAAUAGCUGUAGAUAUGAGAUGGCACAAAGAAAAGCGAGUAGAUGAUGAGAUAUUGAGACACCCGGCUGAUGGUGAGGCGUGGAAGGAUUUUGAUAGGCAACAUCCUAUGUUUUCCUAG